UCCUUAAGGAAUUCUUAGCUGAGAAUUUAUCUUAAGUAGCAAUCCACCAAGCCACUAAGCAUAAAUCUUAGCUGAGAUAUUUUAAAAUUCUUAGAAUUUUCUUAGUGAGAAACGCAUGGGAUUAUGGGAUACAAAUUUAUGCUAAGAAUAUUCUUAGAUGACGUAUUGGAAAUCCCCGUAUCUAUUAAUAGCAUAGUUGAACUCUCCUCGCGUGGAGAUAGAAAAAAACAUACGCAGACGACAACAAUCAGAAUGGAGAAGAAAAGUGUCAGAAAACCCAACUGGACGGCCGAACAGACCUUGUAUUUAACUCGCCUUGUUGAGGAAAACAAGGCUGUGUUACUCGGCAAGUUUGGACCGGGCGUGACAUCUGCGCGAAAGAAGGAAAUUUGGACACAUAUUACUAUGCAGAUCAAUGCCACCUUCACAGGAUGUGUCAGGACAAAUGACGAGGUGGAGAAAAAGUGGCAUAAUACCCAGUCGAAGUCCAAGUCUGAAAUUGCAGCAUAUAAGAAAGGGGCUGUAUCUACAGGUGGUGGGCCGUCACCUUGUCCACUUUUAACUGAAACAGCAGAAGUCGUGUGGGACAUACUUGGGAAGGACAAUGUGUCCAUAUCAGGAAUACCAGAUUCAAUGGACUCAACUCUACUGCAGAUAAAUGAGUCUACUCAGUCAAGUGAUGCCAUGUCAUUUUUAGACAUCCAGGCUCUGACAGCAGUGGGAGGGUGCCUGGAAAUGGUCACCAGUGUGGCAGAUGUGGCAGAUGUGGCGGUUACUCCAAGCAAUCCGAGUGAUGCAGCAGUUCCCACUGUCAAGGCCGUACACACAGUCCCUGCAGCAGCAAGUGGUGGAAGAUGUGCUCCACCAGCAAGGAGAUCAAUCUUGAACCAUGCCUUGAAUGUGAUGAACUGUAUCAUAAGAAGAUGA